AUGGCUGGCUCGGACACCUCGUCGACCACCACCGCCUCCUCUCGAGCACCGCCGCCAGCUUCAUCUUCGACUGGCAAGGCCAGGGCCAGGAAGAUAGUCGUCCUCUCGCUCUCGCCAGCAGUCCUUGGCCGGUUCGCCAGCGGCAGCGGCAGUGCCAGCACCGUCGACGACAGCCAGGCCAAGGAGGAAGAGUCGAGCUCGCCCUCCACGCCGCCAGCACCGCUCACCCAGACCUCGUCGGGGAGUGCAGCCGACAACGCUUCAGACGGCGAUGCUGCGUCCACCCCGAAUGCCGGAGACGCCUCUGUCAGCGGCCCUGCACCGUCGACGCCCGCUCCUGCUUCUGCCAACGGACCUACUUCAGCUCCCGCUACGGGCUCGGGGACAGGUCCAGCGAAGGCCGGGACCAAGAGAGGCGCCGCCGCCCUGGGUCCGGAUGGCCUGCCCAAGCCGCGGGGGAAGCCAGGUCCCAAGAAGAAACCAAGACUUGAGGAUGGCGAAACACCGUCUCGCCCAGCUGCACCGGCCCACCGUCUCGGCCCCAAGGCAAACCAGGGAGCCAUCAACGCCGGCCUGCGUGCCCUGGACCGCACAGGCAAGCCGUGUCGAAAGUGGGAGCGAAAGGCGUUCCAGCUCAAGUCGUUCACCGGCGUGCUAUGGCAGGUUCCUAGCUGGGGGGCACCACCACGCCCUAAACCAACGGAAGACGAAAAGGAAGAGAAAGAAGGGGAAAAGGUAGAGAAGAAGGAAAAGGAGAAGAAGAGUGAUAAGAGCGAGAAGAGCGAGAAGAGCACUGCCGGCGAGGGUGAUCGAGAUGCAACGCCGGCCGGUAGCAUGCUGGGCAUCGAGUCGCCCGCUCCCGUCGCCGUUGCAUCCUAG